AUGUCAACUUCAGGAGAUUACGAUGCUGUACGUGAAGAUAUUAAACAACUUAUUCCCAAUAAAGAUUUGUCUAAAGAUGGACUUGGUCCAAUUUUUGUACGUUUAGCAUGGCACGCUUCUGGAACUUAUGAUAAGAACACAAAAACCGGUGGUUCUAAUGGAGCUACAAUGAGGUUUUCUCUUGAAAGUUCUGAUGCUGCUAAUAACGGUUUGAAUAUUGCACGAGAUUGUUUAGAACCAGUAAAGGAAAACCAUCCUUGGAUUUCUUAUGCCGAUCUUUGGACUCUUGCCGGUGUUGUUGCUAUUAAGGAAUUAGGUGGACCAACUGUUCCAUGGAAAUCUGGUCGUGUUGAUGCCACCGAUGAAAGUUUAGUUCCACCCAACGGUCGUCUUCCAAAUGCCGAAGAAGGCGAACAACAUGUUCGAGAUGUUUUCUAUCGUAUGGGAUUCAACGAUCGUGAGAUAGUUGCUCUCAUUGGAGCUCAUUGUCUCGGUCGAUGUCACAAAGAUCGCUCAGGAUAUGAAGGUGCUUGGACCUUAACUCCGACAAAAUUUAAUAAUCAAUUUUAUGUUCAAUUAUUAAAGAAGAAUUGGUCUACAAAAGAAUUAGAUAACGGGAUAAAACAAUUUAAAGAUGAAAAUGAUAGAAUUAUGAUGCUUCCAGCUGAUAUGGCAUUUCGCACGGAUCCGGAAUUCAGAAAAAUUGUUGAGGAAUAUGCUAAUGAUAAAGAAACAUUCUUUAAUGAUUUCGCUGCGGCAUUUGGAAAAUUGUUGGAACUUGGAGUUCCACGAUCGAGUGGUGAGGCUCGAUUAUAA